CCUCUCUGCGGUGGGCGUGUCUGUGGCGACCAACAUGUCGGCGUCUGGAGUUUAACGGAACUUUAACGAAACAUUCACCGAGUUUAUCCGGUUAACGGUUAAAAUAUGACGUUUAAACGAGCCACGGACCCAGCGGAACCUUUUCACGUUAUUUUAGUUUAUAAUUUAUUCGUUUUACAUUUAUUUUUCAGCGCCAGCUUCCCGCUCGGUGGCUGUGGAGGAGUCAGCCCCGAGAGGAGUCUGGUCUGGGGUCCGGGGGUCGGCACCGGCUCAGUCCUCCCUGUGCUCCCGGUCCGGUACUUCUACAUCCAGGCGGUGGAUUCAAACGGACACAACCUGACUCUGUCUCCGGGUAAAGACACGUUUAAAGUGAAGAUCCGAGCAGCAGAUAACAGCGAACACGUUCGUAUCCACGUUCCUCCGCCUCUGGACCGAGGAGACGGAUCCUUCCUGAUGAGGUACCGACUCUACGGAUCGGCGACCAACGGCCUGAAGGUGGAAAUCCUCCAUGGAGACGCCGCUGUGGCCCAGUCGCCCUACAUCAUCCCAGGUCCGGUUUAUCAUGAAUACUGCGACUGUCCGGAGCCCGACGCCUCUGUCUGGCUGAACGUCAUGAAGUGUCCUGAAGACGAGCCUCAGAUUCUGGAAGAUUUUCAGUCUUUUCCCUCCAUCGACCUGCAGCGCCUCAGACAGGAAACGCCGCUCAGGUUCUCCAACCGAGGAGGUCUGGUUCACUACGCCAUCAUCAACAACCGGAUCUACAGACGGACGCUGGGCAAAUACACCGACUUCAAGAUGUUCUCAGACGAGAUGCUGCUGUCGCUCACCAGGAAGGUGACGCUUCCAGAUGUGGAGUUCUUCAUCAACGUGGGCGACUGGCCUCUGGAGACCAGGAGGACGGAUCCAGUUCCCAUUCUGUCUUGGUGUGGCUCCACCGACACCAGAGACGUGGUCCUGCCCACCUACGAGGUGACCCACUCCACCCUGGAGACCCUGAGAGGAGUCACCAACGACCUGUUGUCUGUUCAGGGACACACAGGACCUCCGUGGGUCAAUAAAAGCGAUCAAGCGUUUUUUCGUGGUCGGGACAGUCGAGAGGAACGUCUUCACCUCGUCUCUCUGUCCAAGAAAAACCCCGGCCUGUUGGACGCUGGGAUCACCGGCUGGUUCUUCUUCAGAGACCGAGAGAAACAAGUCGGGAAAGUGCCGCUGGUCGGAUUCUUUGACUUCUUCAAGUAUAAGUACCAGGUGAACGUGGACGGGACGGUGGCGGCGUACCGGUUUCCCUACCUGAUGCUGGGGAACAGUCUGGUCCUGAAGCAGGACUCUCCGUACUACGAACACUUCUACAGCCGCCUGCAGGCCGGAACCCACUACGUUCCCGUGAAGAGGAACCUGUCGGACCUGCUUGACGCCAUCAGAUGGGCCCGGCAGAAUGACGCCGAGGCCCAGGAGGUGGGCCGGGCGGGCCAGGAGGCAUCCAGGGAGCUACUGCAGCCCAGCAGGUUGUACUGUUACUACUACAGAGUAUUGCUCAUGUACUCAGAGCGGCAGGACGGACGGCCAAGUCGACACCCAGACAUGGAGGAGGUUCGUCAGCCGGACGACCACACGGCGGCAUGUUCAUGUCAACAGAGAAACCCAGAGAAAGAACCAAAGGAUGAGCUAUAAAGAGCAUUUAGACUCAUGGAGAACCUCACAGGAAACAUUCCAAUUAUUACUGGUGCUCUUAUUGUGGAGGGUAAAGGAAGUGGUAGUCACAAAGAACUGUUGAUGUCUGUAAAAGUUCCACCAGAACCUCCUUAGAACCAUUUUAUUCUUCAUCUCCAGUAACUUUAUCAAUGAUCAGAGUUCUACCUUCAUACUGUGAAUAUUUCCAGAGUUCCAGGCCCUUGAAGUCCAUAGAAGAGAAUGCCCCCUGUAGAAAGUUCUACAGUAGACCUACCUAUCUAGACUAUCUACUCUGGAACUUUCUCCAGCUGUCAGUAGGUCUACUCUAGAACUUUCUCCAGUUGUCAGUAGGUCUACUCUAGAACUUUCUCCAGUUGUCAGUAGGUCUACUCUAGAACUUUCUCCAGUUGUCAGUAGGUCUACUCUAGAACUUUGUCAAGGUGUCAGUAGGUCUACUCUAGAACUUUAAUCAGGAGAUAGGUGUACUCUUGAACAUCCCUUGGAGAAAGUUCUAUAGUAGACCUACCAACAACCCGUCCAACUGUCGGUAGGUCUACUCUAGAACUUUCUCCAGUUGUCAGUAGGUCUACUCUAGAACUUUCUCCAGGUGUCGGUAGUUCUACUCUAGAACUUUCUCCAGUUGUCAGUAGGUCUACUCUGGAACUUUAUCAGUUGUCAGUAGGUCUAGUCUAGAACUUUAAUCAGGAGAUAGGUGUACUCUUGAACAUCCCUUGGAGAAAGUUCUAUAGUAGACCUACCAACAACCCGUCCAACUGUCGGUAGGUCUACUCUAGAACUUUCUCCAGUUGUCAGUAGGUCUACUCUAGAACUUUCUCCAGGUGUCGGUAGUUCUACUCUAGAACUUUCUCCAGGUGUCGGUAGUUCUACUCUAGAACUUUCUCCAGUUGUCAGUAGGUCUACUCUGGAACUUUAUCAGUUGUCAGUAGGUCUAGUCUAGAACUUUAAUCAGGAGAUAGGUGUACUCUUGAACAUCCCCCGGAGAAAAUUCUAUAGUAGACCUACCAACAACCCGUCCAACUGUCGGUAGGUCUACUCUAGAACUUUCUCCAGUUGUCAGUAGGUCUACUCUAGAACUUUCUCCAGGUGUCAGUAGGUCUACUCUAGAACUUUCUCCAGGUGUCAGUAGGUCUACUCUAGAACUUUCUCCAGGUGUCGGUAGGUCUACUCUAGAACUUUCUCCAGGUGUCGGUAGGUCUACUCUAGAACUUUCUCCAGGUGUCGGUAGGUCUACUCUAGAACUUUCUCCAGGUGUCGGUAGGUCUACUCUAGAACUUUCUCCAGGUGUCGGUAGGUCUACUCUAGAACUUUCUCCAGUUGUCGGUAGGUCUACUCUAGAACUUUCUCCAGGAGACAUUCUCCUUUCCUUCUCCAGUCUUUAAGUUUAUUCUCACUUAGAACAUUCCAGGUGCUUGAAGUCCAUAGAGGAGGGUCCAGAUUUCUCACUUUUUCCGUUUUUGACCCUCAAACCACAUUUUAAUUUUCUCAAAAGUGUCAUUUUUGACAAUUUUUAAAGCCAUUUUAGACAGUUUUUGACAAAUUUUGAGUCAUUUGGGGCAACUUCUGUGCAAUCAGACAUAAUUUUCACUGAAUUACGGCCAUUUUGGACAAAUUCUCAGACAUUUGGGCCGUUUUUUUUUUUGUGGUUUUGAGAAAUUGUUGAGUGAUUUUUGGUCUUUUGGACAAUGAUUAUGUUAUUUUGAACAAUAUUGUAAUUUUAAACAUCCAGGGUGCUUCAACCUGGAUGAACGUAAAACUGAUCUGGUGUCAGCUUUUACCAGAACUCAAAUGUGUUUUUAAUUAAAAAAUUGGUCAAAUUAUAUGAAAUUUGGCAGAAUUUACACCAAAAUCAUGAUCAAAAACCUGCUUAAAAUGACAAAAGAUGUCCAAAAUUAGACUAAAUUGUCCCAAAAUUAUUAAAAUUUGUCCCAUAAAUGAUAAAACAUUAGAAUAUAAAAAUGACUCUGUUUCCCCAGAUUAUUCAAAAAUUGUUCCAAAGGACCUGAUAUUUUGUCCAAAAUGACUUUGAACUGUCCAAAAUUGGUCAAAUUUCGAUUGUCUUCACACUGAGACACCUGGAUGAAUGUAAAACUCACUGAUCUGGUGUCAGUUUUACCAGAACUCAAACAUGUUUUCAUGCAUGUUUUCACUUUUUAAUGGACUUUUUCCAUCAUUUCUGAGCCUCAGAACUUCAUCAGUCCAGCAGAUAGAACCAUGACAUUUAGGAGGAGAAACGCAUCUGAAUUCUGGCAAAAACUGACACUUCUCUGCCUUUUAACACUUGUUAUGUAGUUUUUGUGCCUUUUGUAGAACUGGUUGGUGAUGCAGGAGUUCUUUGUACUGUUUUGUAAAUGUGGCCUUUGUAUUGGACUCCUGUUUACCGUUAAUCAUAGUUACGUCUUAAAUAAAUCCUUUUUUUUUUUUUUUUUGAAAUUCUUUAUUUUUAGAAAAUAAUUUUUGAAAAGAUGAAAAUAAAAAACAUUACAUCCAAACAAAACAAACAUUGGGGUGCACCUUUAAGUUAAACAUUGACAGUCAUACCAUGCAUCAAAGAAUACAGAAAAGCCAAAUUUUUAUAUAAAGCCUGGUCUUACUGAAGAAACAUACUCAAUCCAACGUUCCCAUUUUUUAGUAAACUUAUCCUGUUGUAACCGAACAUUAAAGGUAAUUCUCUCCAUUUUGUAUAAAUCAUUGACAAUAUCUAUCCAGUCAUUUAUUGUAGGACUUUGUAGUCUAAGCCAUUUCCUAGUUAUGGCUUUUCUGGCUGCUGCACUCAAAAUCUGGAAUAAAUAUUUUGUUUUGUAAGACACAUUAUCAAUCCUUAGAACACCCAGGUACAAUAUUUCUAGUUGGAAUGGUAUGUCCAUUUGAAACAGAUCUUAAAAUUGUAUGUAGUUCUUCCCAAAAAGGAGUGAUCUGUGGACAUGACCAAAACAUAUGAUAAUGGUUUCCUUCUUGUCCCCCACAUCGUCUCCAGCAGUCUGAUGAUUUGGUAUGGUGCUUGGCCUGAGCGGGGGUUUUAAAAAAAUCUUACAAGGUUUUUCCAGCAGAACUCUUUCCAUGUUGCUGAGUUCGAUGUUUUCCAUUAGAAAGUUUCCCAAUCCUGGAUAGAGAUGGUCAAGUGUCCUCCUUUGUCCCAUUUUUGCUUUGCAGGACUUUGAGUGUCUUUCAUUUGUCGAAGACUUUUGUACAAUCUUGAAAGUGUCUUUUGAGUGCUGUUUACCAUUUAAGCAUCCGUGAAUACCUUCACUAAAGGAUUGUUUUGAAACUUUU